ACCACUAUGACUGAUGGGGACUAUGAUUAUCUCAUCAAGCUCUUAGCUCUGGGCGACUCCGGAGUGGGCAAGACCACGUUCCUGUAUCGCUACACGGACAACAAGUUCAACCCUAAGUUUAUUACCACAGUAGGAAUCGACUUCAGGGAAAAGAGAGUGGUAUACACCACCAACAGCCCAAAUGGAACCACAGGGAAGACAUUCAAAGUGCAUCUGCAGCUGUGGGACACAGCUGGACAGGAGAGGUUUAGGAGUCUCACAACAGCUUUUUUCAGAGAUGCAAUGGGUUUCCUGCUCAUGUUUGAUCUCACCAGUCAGCAGAGUUUUCUCAAUGUCCGUAACUGGAUGAGUCAGUUGCAAGCCAACGCCUAUUGUGAAAACCCUGACAUUGUUCUUGUUGGCAACAAGGCAGACCUGGCAGAUCAGAGAGAAGUCCAGGAGAAGCAGGCGAAAGAAUUGGCUGAUAAGUAUGGCAUCCCUUACUUUGAGACAAGCGCAGCCACAGGUGCAGAGGUGGACAAGGCGGUGGUCACACUACUGGACCUGGUGAUGAAGCGAAUGGAGCAGUGUGUGGACAAGCCAGCGCCAGAGGCCCAGAAUGGGGAGGGUACCAGUAAACUGGAUGCAGCGCCUGCUGCUGAAAAGAAAUGCGCUUGCUAA